CAGCUGAUCACUGCUCCGUCUACCAGAGCGAUCACGGAUCAUCAGGAUUGAAACAUGAGUGCCUUCGUGACUCUCUCAACAGGCCAGAGGAUGCCCGUGGUCGGACUCGGCACAUGGAAGAGCGGCCCAGGACAGGUGAAGCAGGCAGUGCUGGCAGCUUUAGACUGUGGCUACAGACACAUUGACUGUGCUGCAGCAUACAGCAAUGAACAGGAGGUGGGAGAGGCUCUGUCUACCAGGCUCGGCCCAGGGAAGGCUCUGCGUCGCGAGGAGGUGUUUGUAACAUCCAAACUGUGGAACACCAAACAUGACCCGGAGGAUGUUGAGGAAGCGUGCAGGACCAGUCUGGCCCACCUGGGUCUCUCCUAUUUGGACCUGUACCUUAUGCACUGGCCCAUGGCAUUUCAGCGGGGGAAGGAGCUGAUGCCUCGACGAGAAGAUGGAAGUGUUUGUUACUCUGACACACACUACAGAGAUACUUGGGCAGCCAUGGAGAGCCUAGUGGACAAAGGUCUGGUCAAAGCUAUAGGACUGUCCAACUUCAAUGCCAGGCAGACUGAUGACAUCAUCAGCAUGGCCAGACACACACCUGUGGUUAACCAGGUGGAAUGCCAUCCUUAUUUGUCUCAAACAGAUCUCCUGUCUCACUGUCGGUCCGUGGCGGUUUGUGUGACAGCCUACAGUCCUCUGGGCAGCGGGGACAGACCCUGGGCCUCUCCUGAUGAACCAAGUCUGCUACAGGAUCCUCAACUGGGAGCCAUCGCCCAGAGAUACCAGAAAACACCUGCCCAGCUCAUUCUCAGGUGGCAUGUUCAGAGGGGUGUCGUGUGUAUUCCUAAAAGUGUGACGCCCGCAAGGAUCCGGCAGAACUUGCAGGUGUUUGACUUUUCUCUGUCAGAAGACGACAUGAAGCUGAUCGAAUCCUUCAACCGCAACGAGCGCUUCAUUGUCCCAGCAGUCAAGAGAGAUGGCAAGAGUGUGUGGAGAGAUGCAGAACAUCCUCAUUUCCCCUUCAAUGAUCCUUACUGAGUCUACACACAAAGAAUGCAAUACGGUCUUUAAAAUUGACUGUCACACACACUGAAGAAACCAAGUAUCUAAACUGAACUCAAAUAUGAUCAAAUGUAUUUUCCCUUUGGGAUGAAUAUUAAUAUUUAAAUGACUUAAUUUGUAAAAGAAAGUGCUUGAAUCAUGUUUUCCCAAUCACUUCUUUAGUGUGAUUAUAGUGAAGAAUAAAGUGACUGCCACUGCCAGAGUGACACUAUGUGGUCAGUAUAAGAACUGCCCAAUGACCAUAGCUUUGAUCAACUGCAUAUUUUACAGUUUAGACCAGGGGUCACCAACCUUUUUGAAACAGAGCUACUUCGUAAAUAUUGAGUCAUACGAAGGGCUACCAGUUUGAUACACUCUUCUGAAAUAACAAAUUUGCUCUGUUUGCCUUUAGUUAUACAUGAUUCUUAACGAUACUCCUCUAUGUGAAGAAACUGAUCAUGUUAUAAUUAUCAAUCAAUAAUUAUCAAUGACUUAACAAGGUGGGAAACGGAUAUCAAAAUUCAAUUUUCAUUUUUAGAACAGGCCUGAGGGCUACUCGUGGUCCUUGGGGGCUACCUGGUGCCCGCGGGCACCGUGUUGGUGACCCCGGUUUAGACUCUUUGAAGAGUAAAUCACUGAACAGCAGCACUGCUCGGAGAUUAAGCUUUUUAUCCCUCUUUCGUGUCUGUCUCUACUGUAAAAACUAUCAAAUGUAUUAUUAAAAAUGUACAUGAACUAUAAAUAAAAGAAGUUUCAAAACGGA